UGAUUAUGGCUGCAGCACAAUGCCAAAAAAAGAAAGGAUACAGAAAAGGAAGGAGAAGGAGCGCCAGGAAGCAGCUAAGGGUAGCAGACCUCUUAAUGCAUGGCUAAAACCAAGUACUAGCAUCAUGGAAGCCCUGAAUUUACAUUGAGGAGCAUAUUUGGGUAUGGGUGGCCUCCAUCCUACAGCCCUCUACUGGCCCCUGGUCCAUAUUUUUGGCCCUGUAUUGCGUUUCAGUUGUUUAGUCUGAGCAUUAAGUGAGAAAGACCAUAAGUUACAACUUGAUGGUGUUUUCAUCAAGUUAAGGGAAGAAGGACAGAUUUUCUCAUUGAAGUUUUUUCCAUUUGAGUAUUUAUUUUUGUAUUUUUUUUCAAAGUUCAUGUUGCACUGUUCAACGUUCAAUAUUAAAGUGCUUAUCUUUAACAAUAAAUAGCCUAAUAAUAAACCAGUGUUUUGUUGCUUUUCAUGUCUUCCAAGCCUAUGAUAAUGUGAAUUAACUCAUGACAAUAAUUUGUUGACACAAAAGAAGUGGCAAUCACUUUUACCUACAAAGGACACACAGCUAAGUAGUUAGCUUCCUAUUAGCAAAUUUAAUUUUACAUUAAUUUCCAUAUUGUGCAAAGGACCAAAAAAAAAUGUCCUGCCCUUUUCUGACUUUGAGCCCCUGCCCCUCUAUAAUCAUGUGCACGUCCCUGCUGCCUGGUUGCUCCGGUUUGCUCUUCUCUCUCUCCAGACGUUCUCAGGCCGGCUGGAGGCGUGGCUUCAGGGCGCACCUGAGUCUGAUUGCCUCUCUUAAGCUGAGGGGUUGCAGCUGGGCGACGCCAGUGUCGUCCACGCUUUCCCACAUCAGCUCCACUGGCUCCUGUAUGACUAACUUCACUCCGGAGUCUCCCCUGCAUUGGUGCUGCUUCUCCUCACCUCCAGCCGGACUUCUCCACUUAGGUGGAUUAUGGGACUAAGAUGUCUAGCGAAAGUAAAGCGAGGCGACACACACACACACACACAGAGAGGGCGAGUGAUACGCAGAAGAAAAGAGACGUGUACCAUGGAGACAACCCCUCACCCAAAGGCAGGCCAGCGUUGGGGUUGGAGAUCGUCUGCCGCUGAGGCCGAGUCAGCAGAGCCUCACCUGCAGAAGCCCGUCGCCAAGAGGACGGGGGAGCACUAACCAGCAUCCAUGACCAACCCUAACCUUCCCCUGUGGGGGCGGUGCUCGGCGCUCUGUGCCCUCACCGUGCUCCUAGCUGCGGCCGGAGCCGACCACCAGCUCAACGCCACCGCUCCGCGCAAUGGCGGCGGCGCCCAGUGUGGCGAGUACACCAACCAGGUCAUGGAGGACGGCAUGUGCCGCCUGGUCGCCACGCUGCCCCAGCUGGACGAGCAGCGGUGCCCUGACAUGUUCCGCUGCACGGACGAGGUGUCCUACUGGCUGCACGAGAACGAGGAGAGGAAGCAGCAGAUCGUGGCCUUGAAGGAGACCAUCUCGGAGCUGCAGGAGGAGCUGAGGAACCACCGUCAUCGCAUCAAGGUCUUCGAGCUGCAGCAUGAGGACAACGGCCACUUGAACACCACCUUGGAGCGACGCUUUCACGAGCUGGAGGUGCACUACGCCGAGGCCACCGCCUUGAUGCAUCUGCAGGGCACCCUCAUCCUCAACCUGCAGAACCAAGUUCACAAUCUCACCCUGUUGGUGGAGAGAGUCAAAAGGAGUCCCGGCUGUUUGAUCAACAUCGUCCGUCCCAACCCUCUAAUGAGCUCCCAGGAGGCCUUGCACCCAGAAAUCCAGCACAUGAGGAGCUGUCCCAUAGACUGUGCGUCCAUCCACCACAAUGGGGUGAGGAGGUCAGGCCUCUACACUGUAGUGCCGUCGCUUGCUGGCUUGCCUGUGGAGGUCUACUGUGACAUGGACACAGAUGGUGGCGGUUGGACGGUGAUCCAGCGGCGGGUUGACGGCUCCGUGAGCUUCGACCGCAGCUGGAGGGAGUACAGGGACGGUUUCGGCGACCUGCACUCCGAGUUCUGGCUGGGUAACGACCACAUCCACGACCUGAGCACCCAGGCGGACUACAGCCUGCGCAUAGACCUGGAGGACUGGAGCAACAAGCAUAAGCACGCGCUCUAUCAGAGCUUCAGUGUGGAAGAUGAGGAGCACCAGUAUCGUCUCCACGUGUCUGGCUUCAGCGGCACCGUGCAGGACUCUUUCGGGUGGUACCACGACAAGCAGAGCUUCAGCACACCUGACAGCGGUGACAUCUGUGCGGAGAUCUCCCAUGGCGGAUGGUGGUAUAGUCAGUGUUUCUAUGCACAUCUUAACGGAGUCUACUACAGGGGAGGACAUUACACACCUAAAGGCCGAGGUCACCUGGGUCCCGAUGGGAUAGUCUGGCACUCAUGGAGGGACUCCGACUACUACUCCCUACGCAAAGUCAGCAUGAUGAUCCGACCGCGCUCCUUCCGGAGCCAUUUGUCUCCCUGAGUCACCGUCGCCGUGGCAACUGUUGACGUACGUAACAACGCAAUAGACCAAAUGUGGACUAUUUUUGUGCCGCAUGUUUUUUGGAAAACAUAAACUUUAACAUUUUUAUUUUUGGACAUUAUCCUUGCCAGUGGCAUGGACAGCGGAAGUAUUUUUUUUUGUACUUUAAUUUUGUACCAUUAGAUAGUUGCACUUUUUAACUGUCGAAAAAUAUAUAUUUUUGUUAGGAAAAAGAAAAGAAAAACAGAUUUUAAAUUACAAACCCCAAAACCAGUAAAGUUGGUACGUUGUGUAAAUCAUAAAUAAAAACAAUACAAUGAUUUGCAAAUCCUUUUCAACCUAUAUUCAAUUGAAUAGACUGCAAAGACAAGAUACUUAAUGCUCACUUGGAAUUUGCCUGCAACAUGUUUCAAAAAAAAACUGGCACAAGUGGCAUAAAAGACUGAGAAAGUUGAGGAAUGCUCAUGAUAAAUAAUAAAUGAUAAAUGGGUUAUACUUGUAUAGCGCUUUUCUACCUUCAAGGUACUCAAAGCGCUUUGACAGUAUUUCCACAUUCACCCAUUCACACACACAUUCACACACUGAUGGAGGGAGCUGCCAUGCAAGGCGCUAACCAGCAGCCAUCAGGAGCAAGGGGUGAAGUGUCUUGCCCAAGGACACAACGGACGUGACUAGGAUGGUAGAAGGUGGGGAUUGAACCCCAGUAACCAGCAAACCUCCGAUUGCUGGUACGGCCACUCUACCAACUUCGCCACGCCGUCCCUCAUCCAACACUUAUUUGGAACAUCCCACAGGUGAACAGGCUAAUUGGGAACAGGUGGGUGCCAUGAUUGGGUAUAAAAGCAGCUUCCAUGAAACGCUCAGUCAUUCGCAAACCAGGAUGGGGCGAGGGUCACCACUUUGUCAACAAAUGCCUGAGCAAAUUGUUUAAGAACAACAUUUCUCAACCAGCUAUUGCAAGGAAUUUAAAGAUUUCACCAUCUACGGUCCGUAAUAUCAUCAAAAGGUUCAGAGAAUCUGGAGAAAUCACUGCACGUAAGCGAUGAUAUUACGGACCUUGGAUCCCUCAGGCGGUACUGCAUCAAAAAGCGACAUCGGUGUGUAAAGGAUAUCACCACAUGGGCUCAAAAACACUGUCAGUAACUACAGUUGGUCACUACAUCUGUAAGUGCAAGUUAAAACUCUACUAUUAAAAGCCAAAGCCAUUUAUCAACAACACCCAGAAAUGCUGCCGGCUUCGCUGGGCCCGAGCUCAUCCAAGAUGGACUGAUGCAAAGUGGAAAAGUGUUCUGUGGUCUGACGAGUCCACAUUUCAAAUUGUUUUUGGAAACUGUGGACGUCGUGUCCUCCGGAACAAAGAGGAAAAGAACCAUCCGGAUUGUUAUAGGCGCAAAGGGGAAAAGCCAGCAUGUGUGAUGGUAUGGGGGUGUAUUAGUGCCCAAGACAUGGGUAACUUAAUAAAAAUAUAAAUACAAAACUAUUAGGGCUGUCAAAAAACAAAUUAACCUGUGAUGAAUCACAACAAAAUACUGCAUUUAUCAUGCAUAUACACAGAUUAAAGGGGAACAUUAUCACCAGACCUAUGUAAGCGUCAAUAUAUACCUUGAUGUUGCAGAAAAAAGACCAUAUAUUUUUUUAACCGAUUUCCCAACUCUAAAUGGGUGAAUUUUGGCGAAUUAAACGCCUUUCUAAUAUUCGCUCUCGGAGCGAUGACGUCACAACGUGACGUCACAUCAGGAAGCAAUCCGCCAUUUUCUCAAACACCGAGUCAAAUCAGCUCUGUUAUUUUCCGUUUUUUCGACUUGUUUUCCGUACCUUGGAGACAUCAUGCCUCGUCGGUGUGUUGUCGGAGGGUGU